UUUGGGAAUUUGGAUUGGAUCUCUACAAUUACAAAUAUAUCUCAAAAAGAAGACUUCUUUCUUCUUUUGCUUUCUUUUUCCUCUUUCAAAAAACACUCUCUCUUGACGAUUUUUCUACUAAUUAACAUCUGAAAUCAAGACCUAACUUGGUUUAAGCCUUGUGUACUUCUGUAAUCCGACCAAAAACAUGUCUUUGUACUUAAACGGCAACGUUUGAGAUCCUUCUCGAGUUCUAGUUUCGUCUUUUCCUAGGAUUCAGCAUAGCAGCGGCACUAUCCUAUGUCUUAAUAUUUCUUUUUUUCUUCUAUUCUCUAAUAACUUUCUCCCCAAUUAUUCUCUUUCUGAACGGCCUUUUUCCUUCUCAGAACAAAAUUUCUAUCUCAGCAAUCUCAUUAGCGUUAUAAACCAUGUCUGCUGUCGAAUCAGCCACUGCAAUUCAAAGAAGCCAAGCUGAUCUCUUGGACUUUAUUGAUUGGUCUGGAGUUGAAUGCCUUAAUCAAAACUCCAAUCACUCUAUGGCCAAUGCUCUCAAGCAGGGUUAUAGAGAAGAUGAAGGCUUGAAUCUAGAGAGUGAUGCAGAUGAACAACUUCUGAUUUAUAUCCCCUUCACACAAGUCAUUAAGCUACAUUCCAUUGUCAUCAAGGGGUCUGAAGAGGAAGGUCCAAAGACAGUGAAACUUUUUUCAAACAAGGAACACAUGGGAUUUAGUAAUGUCAAUGACUUCCCUCCAAGUGACACUGCUGUCUUAUCCCCAGAUAAUCUAAAGGGGAAACCAACAGUCUUGAAGUAUGUCAAGUUUCAGAAUGUUCGUAGCUUGACAAUAUUUAUUGAAGACAAUCAGUCCGGUUCUGAAAUCACAAAAGUUCAGAAGAUUGCCUUACAUGGAUCAACGGUGGAAACAACAGACAUGAAGGGUUUGAAGAAGAUUGAGGAGCAUUGACCCCGAUAGGGAGCCCAAGGAAAAACAGGAAAGAUGGAUGAACCAUAAGCCCUCGGGUCACUAUAACAUUGUUUUAUCUUCUCAUUUGGUUUUUCUUCCUUUAUUCAAAUUUUGAUAAACUUUACCAUCUUAAAUACUUUGAUGACCAAAAAUAGAGGAUUCUGUUUUACCUGAAUUCUGAAAAAAAAACUGUUCAAUUUAUGCAACUGCAUCAUCAGAUGCUAUAUCCAAUUGUUAUUUCAGCUUUUCCAAGUGCAUCGGAUUGUUUGUUUA